CAUAGUGAAGUUUACAGAGCGUCGACGGACUUUCAGCGAGUUCACUGUUUGCUAUUAGAGCAAGCAAGGAAGAUCGCUCUAGGAAGAACACUUGCGCUAUCACUGCUGUAAGGUGAUAAACAUACCUACUAUUCCCAACUGCUUUUCUACAGCAUAUUAUACAUGCAAAUACAUCGAAGUCGCAAGUUUUCUUGAAAAAGAAAACAAGACAAUUGAACUACCUUGAUUUUUGGUUGUAAUUGCAGCGGCAUUUAUAGGAGUGCGAUGGAUGUUAUUCCUAUGUGCAGCAUCUUUCAGGAGCUCCAGAUAGUACAUGACACCGGAUACUUUUCAGCUUUACCAUCUCUUGAGGAGUACUGGCAGCAGACAUGUCUGGAGUUGGAGCGGUACCUCCAGAGCGAGCCCUACGUCUCGGCCACAGACAUCAAGUUUGAGACGAGUCAAGAGGAUCUCUGGAGCAAACUGAUCCUGGCCUGCGGGGACAAGGCCGAGUCCGACCCAAAGAUUCACACUCACAUUAAGGAGGAGGACAAUCAAGAGGCCAACAGCUUUAACUCCGACGCCAGCAGUGAAGCGUCUGACAGCUCAGAGGAGCUCUCACCUCCCCUCGACUUCACCUCCAACCCACUAAGUGACAUUAUGGGAGAGGGAGAGGACCUGAGUUCCAUGGUUAUCAGCACUCCGCCAUCUUCUCCUGAUGUGAACAAGGAGGCCCCCUCCAUAUCCUCCCAGGUGUGGAGCGGUAUACAGACAGUGAUGCACUCGCCAGGGAAAAUACGGACAGGGGGCAUUGGUGGACGAACGGUGGAGAGGGGAAGCUUAGCCAAUGGGGAGGCUUCUCCAGACGGGAGGAGGCGGGUCCACAGGUGUCAUUUCAACGGAUGCCGAAAGGUUUACACGAAAAGUUCCCACUUGAAAGCACACCAGCGUACACAUACAGGUGAGAAGCCUUACAGGUGCUCAUGGGAAGGCUGCGAGUGGCGUUUUGCACGGAGUGAUGAGCUAACCAGACACUUCAGGAAGCACACUGGGGCAAAGCCAUUUAAAUGCAGUCACUGUGACAGGUGUUUCUCUCGCUCGGACCAUUUGGCGCUUCACAUGAAGAGACACAUCUAAGCGGUGGGCCCCGGGGCAGAGGAGAGCAGAGCGGUGUUGAGCGAUGGUCCUGACUGUCUCCUAACCUGUCUGUGGGGAGGCUGCAGUGCCCUGAGAGGGGAGGAAGGCUCGCGAGGGGAGCGUGCUCCAGUGAAAAGCAUGCAGGCCAUUUUUGCACCAUACUUAGUGCCUCCAAGACCUCUCAGAGGAAAGAGCUCUGAAAGGUCGACACAUUCUGAAAAAUAUCACGAAAACCACCAUGGAUGAAGGAGAAUUAAGAAAUUCACUAGAGAGAGGAGAAAGAAAAUAUCUGAGAGGACAAGAAAGAACGUUUUGUUCUCUGUAUGGUGUCUGAUGCUUUGCGGAGUUAGUUCCUGGUUUGAAAAUAUGCAGUGGUACUACUCCAAUAAACGUGUGUUGUUUUCUGUGAGCAUGUGGACUGACUGACUGUGAGCCUGCUGUCAGACUGCCUGUGACUGGGUGCCUGUUUUAGAAUGCCUGUAACUGGCUGCCUGUCUUAGAAUGCCUGUAACUGGGUGCCUGUCUUAGAAUGCCUGUAACUGGGUGCCUGUCUUAGAAUGCCUGUAACUGGGUGCCUGCCCUGUGGAUGUACGACUCCUGAGUAGAUGGCUUGUGUUGUGACCUGAAUGGCAUUGAGGGGAUGAUGAGUUUUUGACUGAGGUUUUAUUGUCUCGUGGUCAUGAAUGAAUGCAAGCAAAGGAGUUGUUGUGCUCUUGUGUGGAGCGCUGGUUGAGUCGAGGCUGGGUUUGGCAGUGUGUGUGCGUCUCAGCCGUCAGUUUUGAGGUUUGAGAGAGAGCACCACCAUCCGAACUGAGGUGGUACAUGCUCCUAAACGAGGUUUGGGGAGGGGAGGGGGGUUGAUGUUUGGUGCAGCUAUUAAAUGUGCAAUGUAUUAAGUAGCUUGUCUCAAAGUACAUGCUACAAAGCUAAUUUGUUGUCCAUUGUGUAAGCUCAGUAUCUAAAGGCUGUACACAACAUUGAUAUAUCAUUAUACCAGAAGUUGCAUGAUCUUGGGUUUGUUUGUCACUCGAUUAGGCCUACUUAUAACACAGGCAAAUCCCAAUAAUGAGCAGCUAUGCAUCCAUUUUACUCCGUAGAUACCACAGUAUUGUACAGAAACAUAAAGCAGUGAUGUAUUUGUUUCCUUCUCUUCUUUUCUAUGUUCGGAGAUACCACUAUUGCUUGGCAACUGUGUUGAUCAUGGGAUAGUUGUAUUUAUAUUCAGUUUAAUAACUCAUUUCUUUAUUUUUGUCCUCUUGCUCUUCUCUUUUUCUAUAUCUGUAAAUACACUGUGACCUUAAUGAUGCCUUAUGUAAGUGGCCUUGUCCAGAUAAAUAGAUCACUCACGGGGGGG